CCGCCGCGUCGGACAGGUGCGCGGUGCGGUGUGCAGUGCGCAGGGAGCGAGGGCGGCGAGCAAAUUCGGAAAACCUCGGAUGUCGACCGCGAAUUGCCAAGGACGUGUUUUCGUGUUUCUGUGUUUCUGAGUCUGAUUCUCGACUGUGUCUGCGGGUGAAGAAGGAUCGAGCACCAACGGCGAAGAAAAAAAACCCGCCGGUGGGAGGUGGCAGGACCUUGGACGCUACACGACUAAUUGCUGACAUAACCGUGCAGCUGCAGUGUGCUGAUCGUCGUUUGCGCGCGAUGUCGCACGCUCGAGUCGAGUCGCCGUACCUCUCGCUGAGGUACGCCGGGCGCAUGACAAGUGAGCUAAGGUUUGGCAGUGGCGGUGCGAUGUUGUGGCUGCAGCUUGGGCCUGGGGCUGAGCGAUCAGGCAGAAAAACUCGAGGCGCGUGCCCCGGACUCUGGCUUUGCUUUUUGGCGUGUUCUCAGUUCAAUCGAACUUAUACCGCUCCCUCUGCUCUUCUUCCUCCUCUGCUCCCUCUGCUUCUUUCUUUCCUUUGUUUCCCCUCCUCUGUCUCUUUUCCUCGCCUCCUUCGCUCCCUCCCCGUCCGCCGCAGUCCUCCCGCCCUCCUCCCGUCUGCCUUCGCCAUGGCUCGAUUCCCAGCAGGCGCUUUCCCCGGGCACCCUGCCACCAGCCGUGGGCUCCUCGCGCGAGCCUUCUCAGACGACGUUUUGGACUCGACCGUCGGUCUCUCAAACACCUCCGCGCCAUCCUCCGCCGCCACCUCCACCCUGACCACGACCUCCUCUCGACGCACCUCUGCCUCGCGCCGGCCAUCGCUCGCAUCCUCCCGCUCUGCGCCUGAAGUGCCCGGCGCUCCUCUCACCGCAGCGCAGGCUGCCGCGGCCGCCACCGCGGGCGUUAUCGCGAUCAAGAAUGCUGCGGGCAAGUUUCAGUGCCAGCUCUGCUCGAGCUCGUAUCUACAUGCGAAGCAUCUCAAGCGACAUAUGCUACGACACACCGGCGACCGACCGUACAAGUGCACUUUUUGCACCGAUUGCUUCUGCCGCAGUGAUAUUCUCAAGCGACAUUUGGACAAGUGCAAGAACCGACAUGGCGCUCGAGGUCCGAGCCGUACGUCUGCGAGCUCGGCAGCCGGCAAAGCCAGCAGCAGUCGGGCGACCGCCACCGCUCAGUCGUCGACGUCAGCCCCUACGAGCAACAGCAACCGAAGCAAUAGCAACAGCAACAGCAGUACGAGCGGAAGCACUUUUAGCAGCAACAGCCAACGGGCGAAUUCGUCGGGAAGUGUAAGCAGCGUCAGCAGUUCAACGGCGACGGCGAUGUUUGCUGCCGGAUCACCAUCAGCGCCUUCGACGCCGGCGACACCGCUGACGCCGGUUGCGUUCUACCCGAUCAAGAGCGAUAUGAGGACUGAUGAUUCGCAGGAUAAUUUGGCGUCGUCGUACUUUGACGAUCGGCAUUUGUUGAUCGGGGGCGGUCCUGAGGGACAACUGCUGUCGGAGAACAAUAUGUACUUUGAUCUCGCCUCGCAUAAUUUGAUGCAACAACAGCAGCAGCAGCACAACAACAACAACAACAACAACAACAACACUUACAACAGCAACAACAAUUACAACAGCAACUGAAGCAACAAGCAUACCAACUACAGCAUCACGUAUUCCAGGCGGCGCACGAUGUGAGUCAAGGUCAACAGCAG